AUGUGCCAAAACACGGUUGGCAGUUCCAUAUGCACGUGUAGUUCGGACCAAGUCCCGGAUGGAGACAAGUGUGCAGGUGAUGAUUUCUUUGCCAUACGGAAUUGGUCCAGUGCCAGCACCGAGGAAAGUGAAUUUUCUUUGCUUGAUGAAAAAAUUUCUAACCGAAAAGAAAAAAAUACUGGACAAAACAGACCGGUUGUUUGCAAUUAUUUAUCUCAGUUUUAUGGCUUAAACUUUCACGAGGAAAGGUCAGGUGCGUUGCAUGAUUCAGAAUUGGCUUAUGUUCUCGAACAUUUGCAGUGUAAUGAAAAUAUUUUAUUUUGUAGGCUUUCCUUUCCACUGGGCCCUAGAUGGCACGGACAGCUUACUAACGUAAGUCACUUUUCGUUUCCUUGCUUGCUGAUCUUUACAUCCACCAUUUUCUAAUUUAGUCAAGGUUAGCCAAAAAUACAUAAUAUGAAAAACACUUCUUUUAAACUUCUCUUUUGAUUUCGGUCAAUACUUGCAAAGAUCGUCUUAGCUCUUUGAUUAGUUCUGAUGAAAUAAAAAAUGGGUGAUAGCAUGACGUGCCGUGAUGACGAUCUUUUCAUUCACCAUUUCCUUAAUCAGCAGUGGUUCCAGGCUAACCAAAACAACAUAUGAAAAAAUCCAUCUUUCAAGCUGCUCUUCUGAUUUUGGGAAAUGCUGGCAAAGACUAUAUUUGCUCUUUGAUUUAUUCCGAUGAAAUCAAGCAUUUUAAACUUUUUUUAUCAGUUUGCGAGGAAGUGCCGGUUUUGUGGAGCAAAAUAACAGAUUGGUUCUUUACUUGGAUGGUACUGGAGCAAACUUUGCAGAGACACCGGCUAUUCCUCUCCGCCAAACAGACCUGACUAUUUCAGUGUGGAUCAAACUGGUAUCGCCCCUUACUCAGGACUCAGUACAAACUAUAUAUGGUGAUUGGUCCUUUCCAUGGCAGUUCAGGUUCUUUAUGAUGGACAGUGGUUGUCCUAAUUUUCAAGCCAGGCGAGACGUUGACGGAAUCGACGAUGUAUUUGCUCUUAGAGUUACCGAACACCAUCGGUAAGAGUAAUAAAUCUGUCGGGGGAAGCGGGAACGGUGAGGGAGGGAGGUGGGGUCAACGAUGUUAUAUGAAGCAAGAAAGGAUAAACUUAAAGAUGCCCUUUCCCACCACCCCCACAACAAACAUUUGUAAUACAUUGAUACUUUGGCCUCAGCUUAGGGUCUUCUUUCAGAUCUGUCAGUGAACUAUAAUUGCAUGCGUUCGUCAACAAAUCUAAAGAAAACGUAAAUUGCAUGGCCACCGUAAAGAGUAAAAAAAGCUGACAUUUCGAGCGUUAGCCCUUCGUCAGAGCGAUUGAUUUACGGUGGCCAAUUUACGUUUUCAACUCAGUUGUUAACACUUAAUUACCUACUAUACUCUCCCACCAACGCAGCACCACAGUCUCUUUAGAAACAUACCCCCUUUAACAAACCUAAAGAGUUUGACUGCGAAAAAACGUCCUGCUCGCCCUGUCUCAUCAUGAUGGGAGCAUUGUCUUGUCCUUUUAUCAGAAAAUUCUCGCUCGUUUUCCACUCUAACGGAUAGCGCCCAAGACCUAAGUCCAGGAAAUUCCCCUUUUACGAUCCUAAAAUGAAUAUUUCGACCUUAUUUCUUCCUUUUCUAAUUGCAAAAUUAGGUUCAGUCAUAGCGUAGGGUACGUUCGCUCUCCCCAAGAUUCCCCAGUAUUCCUCCUUCAAGAAUUAACGGACACGAAAAAUUCCAACGUGACGUUGAUGUACGUACACAUUACGCUAUUCUUGGUUACAAGAGUUAGCAAAUUCAUUUUAUAUCUUUAGUGUUUCUCCAGACGUGUGGAGUCACGUAGCUGUAACCUGGAGUCGCGUGCACCGCUUAGUGAGGAUAUUCAUAAACGGACAGAUGAAGGCUUUUCACGUUGCUGAUAGCAAUUCACUUCUUGACUUCAAAAAUUCAGGGCAUAAUGUUUACGACAUUGGUCUGAAAAGGGACAAUUCUGUGAUAACUCACGCUUACCUCAGCGAUCUCAUUGUCUUCAACCGUGACCUGUCCGAGAUUGAAAUCAGAAAUGACCUGUUUCAAUCAAAUCCCCUUCAUGGUUACAUCUCUUCUGUCUCGCCCGGGAACAACCUGUAAUAAAGUGGUCGAGAGAAGUAGGCUCUUUCUAUUUGUGUCAAAAACCCGACAUACGCAGUGCGAAAACCUGAUAUAUCCAGCGCAAAUUUUUCUGAAAAAGGAAUACCUGCUCUCUCCUUUUUACGAGAAUUAUCGGUAGUAGCCUCGUUUCAGUGUCAACUUGGUGGGCAUUUGUAUAACGUGGCAGUUUUGAUGUAAUACCAA